AUGGCAGAGAAGCAGGGCCGUAGGGCUUCCCUAUUGGGCUCCUUCCAAGCUCUUCGAAACAAGGCCCGUGGUGGAAAGCAUCCUUAUCAGACAGCGGAGAAUAAGAUAGAAAAUAUGAGAGACGGUCGUAAGAAGGGUCGCGUCCUCUCUCUCAAUUCCUUCAAUCCUAUCAAAAGGAGCUCGAAAUUGGCCUCUUUCAUGAGCAAAAGCCGUUCUUCUUCUCGUCACGAAGCACCAGAAUCUCAGCAUCAGACCCCGGCGCCUCUGCCUAAGACCUUCACGUCUGACCCUGCCAAAUCGACCAAGAAACCUCCGGGCAUUGAAAACCCUCACAAAAAGACUAAGAUAUCCUUUCGUCGUUUGACUUCACAAAUUAGUCCCUUCUCCUCUCCAACGAGCAGUCAGGCAUCAUCCAGAUCUACCAGUCUUUCAGGCUCAACUUUGACUCAAUCGUCCAACCAUGAAUACUCGAGAAUUCCAGCUCCCAUAGAGCCCCCAGAGGGCGGUUUAUACUCUCAUGAAGUGUUCGUGAAGGAGGGAAACCGCGGCGUCCUGUCCUCAUUCAACAGACGCUACAUGAGUGUUAAACGGAGCGUGAGCGGAAAUGGAUACAAAUCGAUGCUGCACUUGAACAACCAGAAGGAACUGAACAGACAUGACUAUGAGAAUAUAAAGACCAGGCAUUUUAAGAUUCAUGGGAUUCGUGCUGUCCAAGACCACGAACCUGUGCAACCUGUUCGUGUCGUUCGACUUCGUCAACACAGUCACCGUGCUCAGUCUAUUCCAUUGCCUUCAGGCGUUCAGCCCGUCCAACCUGUCGAACCUGUUCAGCCUCCUCAAUCUGGUCAGCCUGUUCAAUCUGCCACGGAAACGGGCUUAACCUGUGAGAAAGACCUGGUUUGUGAACCGAGGGUGGGCGAGGCCAUCAAACCGUACUCGCAGGUCAUUGCCGAUCUGCCGCCAAAGAGAUUCCAGUCAUUGAUUCCACGGAAGGCACCUUCAUCAGCUUCGAAGCCUGUCGCGUUACGAUCAAACAACACACGCAGCUCCAUCCCCGUUCCUAUUAAGAACCGACCCGCAACAAGCACAUCCGCUCUUGCCUCACAUGAGCAAAGAAGGCCAUCCGAAGGGAAGGGCGCAAUUGAGACCAAUAAUGGCAAUCAUAGUCCUGUCCCAAACAAAGACACCAAUCUCAAAAUCAAAAAAGUGAGGUUCAGCGAGCCUCUUCCCGCCAAAGAGAAUACUUCCAUCGAGCAUCAAGAGUCCGACACCCGGCCUAUCUCAGCGCUGAAGAUGACGAAUCCAAGCCUCCUCGAAAGAAACAGAAACCAGCCCGGAAAACUGCGCCUCAGCAAGAGAUUUGCAGACCUGAGAAUCCUCCAGCAAGAAGAAACGGACGUCCAGCUUUCCAAAAACGACAACACUGAAGAGCACAACAUCUCCGUCCCCGGCCCGCACAUCAAGCCUACCAAGAACAUGCAGACCACCAGACAAAAGGAUCGCACUCAGAGAAUGGUACCCCCCACAGAUGAACCCAGCAGAAUCCCACGCACCAAGCAGAAACAGCUAACCACGACCCUCCCCUCGGCUUUCCAGGUCUCUGAAGCACAACCUCAGCAGUACUGGCUAGGCCGUUUCAUGACUCUCACCAAUGCAUUCCACUAUGAAGAUUCCUUCAACGAGCCUGACAUUGCGACUGGGUUCGGUAUGCUGUCAAGUUACUCUCGGCCUCUGUCUCAGCCCGAUGUGGAUACGUCGAACUACCGUGUCAAGCGCGCCUUUAUGGUGCUGGAGAACGUCUGCGUGACUGAAGAAGCGACUGCUAGUCUUUGCGAGUUCCGGGACCAGUACAUUGCAGUUCACGGUGAUCGGUGGAUGUUGUAA